AUGACGGAGGAAGUGGUGGAAGAGGAGACAAGAAGAAGCACUCUAGCUUUAGAGACUCCUAAGGAAACUAUGCAAGUAGAAUCCUGUGACGGACCCAUCAGAGUCGCAUUAGAAGAAGUCGCGACAGAGAAGCAACAAGAGGUGGAAGAGGAGAAAAAAAAGAAAAAGGAGAAGGAAAAGAAGGUUGGAGAAGGUGAGCCAUCUCAUCAUCGCAAAGAGAAGAAGAAUAAAGAAAAGAAGGAGGAUGAAGAAGAUAAGGAGGCCAAGCUAAGGAAGAAGAAAGAGAAGAAAGAAAGGAAAGAAUGCAGGCAUGAGGAAAGGCGCCUAAAGAAGGAAGAAGAAAAAAAGAAGAGGGCUGCAAGCCCAGAGAUGGAUGGAGAAUCCACCUCCGUGAGGGAGGACAAGGAGGAACCAGCACAAAUUAGGGAGUCAACGCAACCUGAAAUAACGCAAGUAGUGCGCGACUUCUACCAUGGACGGCUACAUGGCACCAAGGAUGUGGUGACCAUAAAAGGGCAAGUGGUGCCUUUCAGCGCAAGGGACAUCAAUGAACUAUACCAAAUGAAGGAUAACCCGGAUGCACUAGGCAACAAAAUCAUUGAUGAUCCCACAGAAGAGCAGUUGGAAGACUCUGCUUCCAGAGAAAUGGAUCUGUGUCACGAAGUGGUUUGGAAUUUCCCAGUCGACGGAGUUCAGUAUUCGAAGAUUGAGGAGGCUGACCGUGUCUAUGAUUUCAUGGCUGGAUUGAACUCGAAAUUUGACACCGUCUGGAGUCGGAUUUUGGGACACAGACCGAUGUCGUCCCUUAUUGAAGUAUGCUCAGAAGUCAGAUUAGAAGAGGAUAGAACCAGCGCUAUGAAUGGUACAACUACCACUACCUUGGACUCUGCUGCAUUUGGGGUCAAGUCGUUUGGAUCCGAAAGUGACAAACAGAAUGGAAAGUCUCCUCCAAUUUGUGAACACUGUAAGAAACCAUGGCACACAAAAGACCAAUGA